AUGACUUCAAAUAGGUCGAUAUUGAAGAGUCUGUCUCUUGCGCUCUACCUUAGCGCGCAAUUGGCCCAGGCUCAGGAAUGCAGCUACGAAGGUGGCUGGGCUCUUCGGAAUGAUAGAUCGUGCCCCCCGAGCGCUCCAGUCGAGUGCGGUACUGGCGCCCAGCCGCGGUGCUGUCCUUCAGGCUUCACAUGUACAGGAGAUGGAGACUAUGUGGGGAAUUAUUGCUGUUCAGACCCGAAGGAUUGCAGAGCGCUAGCUCUAUCACACCCCAAGUGCCCCGACUCAUCGUGGACGCUCUGGGGUGUAGACGGCAAGCUUGAUAACGGUGGAUGGUGCUGCACGUCCGGCUCCAACGGCACGUAUCGAGAAAAUUCCCAGGGCAUAGCGCUUUUGUGCACGCCCUCCACGGCGACCUCCCUCCCACAGAGCCAUCACUGGGCCGAACCCGUUAGUACUUCAUCAUGUUCUACGACAACUACGGCAGCAAGCUCUGCUGCAACGACUACAUCGGCAGAAGCGACCUCGGCUACCGCAGCGGGAACAGAGACCACUUCACAGCCCGACCCGACCAACACAGCCGCGCCAGCUGACAAGGAAUCGAACGGUUUAUCGAGCGGAGGGAUCGCAGGGGCUGCCAUAGGUGGAGUGGCCGGUGUCGCUUUGAUAAUUGCAGGAAUCUUUUUGAUGCGGAGAAGGAAGAAGUCUGCGGCCGAAACGACUACGGCUACUACAGAAGAGGGGGGAUGGGCAUCUCGUGAUAAAAAGAAUAACUUUGGCGGUUACUAUAACCCAGCUGCUAACGAGAUGCCCGCUCAAGCCGCUCGAGUCGAGUUGGCCGACACCGCGCAGCCAACCUAUGAGCUGGACGGUUCGACGCCUCAUGAGCUUGAAUCGAUACCCACAAACACACCACGAACAAAAUAA